AUGCGUCUACUUUUCCUAACCAGCCACUCCGAACUGGCGCCUACUAGGCAUACGCUGCCUGUUGCGUGCAUGGCAGCCUUCGUACCAACGUACACUCUGGAUCCAGCCUUCGCACAACUCCGUCCGAUAUUCGGCACUGUGCGGCGGGACCAUUCGUGCUCCCUCCGUCCCGGCGUCAUCGCCCUCGGCUGCGCACUUGCUCCCGCCUAUUGCGCAGUCCGCAUGAUUCCAGACGCGACACAUCCCACACCCCACAACUCAACUCAAUCACUUACUACCUCAACACGAUGUCUGGGCGUGACUUUGGCGGACCCGGGGGACCGGGAGGGUUUGGUGGCCCUGGAGGCGGACCGGGCGGAUUUGGUGGUCCGCCAGGAGGUGGAGGCUUUGGAGGGCCGGGAGGAGGCGGCUUUGGAGGCCCAGGAGGAUUCGGCGGACCAGGCGGACCAGGUGGAGGCUUCGGUCCAGGUUCGGGCCCUCAUCAUGGCGGUGGUGGAUUUGGCGGUCCACCAGGAGGCUUCGGUGGGUUUGGAGGAGGCCAUCACGGAGGCCAUCACGGCGGAAGCGGGUUCGGGGGACUAUUAG